GUGGAUCUCAUCGGGCUUGGCUGGUGUGGUUCAAGCGCAAGCCCUACGCAAGGAGCCCACCUCUCUUCCCAGUUCUCGGCGCAUUGGGCCUCCGCCGAUCCCCAAUUGGCUCACCAUGGAAUCACGGCGCGUUGCCGUGGUGGGCAGCGGCAUUAGCGGCCUGUCUGCCGCCUUCCUGCUGCACAGGAGCGGCGCCCGCGUGACCCUGUAUGAGAGCGAGGAGAGCUGCGGAGGCCACACGUUGACCGACACCUCCUCAGGCUACCCCAUUGACCUGGGCUUCCAGGUCUACAACCUCACCACCUACCCGCACCUGGUGGGCCUGUUUGAGGAGCUGGGCGUGGAGACGCAGCCCAGCGAGAUGUCGUUCGCGCUGUCGGUGGAUGGCGGUGCGGUGGAGUGGGGCAGCCACAGCCUGGACACAGUGUUUGCCCAGCGCUCCAACCUGGCCUCCUCCGCCUUUCUGGGCAUGAUCCGGGACGUGGUGCGCUUCGGGCGGCAGGCGCCCGAGGUGCUGGCGCCGGGCAGCGAGGCGCAGUACGGCGGCAUGACCCUGGGGCAGUACCUGUCGCUGAGGCGGUACGGUACCGCGUUUCGCGACUACUACGUCGCCCCCAUGUGCGCCGCCGUGUGGAGCGUGCCCAACGCCCAGGUGCUCGACUUCCCGGUGGUCACCCUGGUGCGCUUCUGGGUCAACCACCACCUGCUGGACCUGUCGCAGCGCCCCUGCUGGCGCGUGGUCAGCGGGCGCGGCAAGCAGUACGUGGACAGGAUCCUGGCAGUACUGCCAGACGUGCGUACCGCCACGCCGGUGCGGGCCGUGCGCAGCCUGGGCCCGCACGGGCCCGUGCAGCUGGCAGCAGGCGACGGCAGCGAGGAGGAGUAUGAUGCUGUGGUGCUGGCCACUCACUCCGACAUCAGCCUCAGGAUGCUGGGCGAGGCGGGGCCAGAGGGCCUGCUGGAGGUGCUGCGCGCCGUCCCUUACGCCGACAACGACGUGUGGCUGCACACAGACGCGUCGCUGAUGCCGCGCAGCAGGAAGACCUGGGCCUCCUGGAACUUCCUGGGGCGCAGCGGGCAGGAGGGGGACACGGCCGCGGUGUGCGUGACGUACUGGGCCAACCGCCUGCAGCCGCUGCCGCCGGGCGCCCCCAACCUGUUUGUCACCCUCAACCCCAUCCACCCCCCGGCAGCGGACAAGGUGCACCGCCGCCUCACCCUGGCCCACCCUGUAUUCAGCUUUGCCUCGGACCAGGCGCAGCGCCGCCUGCCAGCUGCCCAGGCACGUCGGCGCCCGUGUGCAGGCGGCGUGUUCCUGGCUGGCGCAUGGGCCGGGUACGGGUUCCACGAGGACGGCAUCAAGUCUGCUGUGGACGCGGUGCAGGCCAUGGGU